GUCCAAAUGACAUUAACUCAUUCGAAGCUCUCGAUGGAUACUACAAAUUAAUGAAUUAAAAAUGCUAAUCGUCUAAAAAUCUUGCUCGAACAGCUUUUUCUCUGCAGAUUUUUUCGACUAGAGAUUUUCUAGCGGCCAUUCCUUUGCCGUUUGCGUCACAUUUUAUCGAAAAUGAAUGGCAUACCAGUUUUCCAGUUGCCCACAGUGGCUACACAAUCAAUGCGCCAGCAAUCCAUGUAUCAGCAAACCUAUUUGGAUCGCAAUCGUAUGGUAACUGAUGUCAUUGUCCAAGAGCACGUGUCGCAAAGUUCCUGGUCGAUGGGCCCACUUGCAACGGUUUUCGUUCCAGGAGGCGGCAGCGGCGGUAGGCCAUACCCAUAUUUACCUGGUCAAAAUCACGGUCAUCCUAAUCCCACAGGGACUGGGCCACCGCCAUCACAAACCGGACCUGGCUACAUGACCUACGUACCAAUGCCGGGUGCUCAAUAUUAUGCAGCAAGCUCCGCUUCGAUGAAUUCUUACGGUCAGGGUCAGAUAUAUUCAUCUAGGUCUUCGUCAUGCAACAUGACUGGCUUUAUGCCAUCAAAUUACCAACCACCGUAUCAAGGACCUCCGCCAAAGCAGUAUACGGCCACCCAGACUCAGACUUCAGUAAAGCGAAUUUGUGAUGCAGCCACUCAAGUGGAUUUUCCACCAAAAGAGCUCCCGUCAAUUAAACCGACUACACAAAUGAAUAGCUCCGGUUAUAACAUGUCCUUUCAAAAUGCCGACGAGUCUAGCCAGAACUAUGUUCAAUGCGGCGGUGGGGAUGGUCCGCAUGCAUCGGCAAUUAAUCAAGGACUUAGGCGUAAUUCGGAAGUGAUUCUACUUCCGCAACGUCUCCAUGACAUAACGAGAAUAUCGUUGCAAGGUAGCGAGAUAGCCGAACGUUUGGCAAAUGCCCAUUGUAAUCGUCCGUGCUUCAAGAAGAUAGACACUUUGUGCGCCCGUUUGAAACAGGAUCUACUUCGUCCAGAUGGAGUAUUGCCGAAUAUUAACUCGCAGGGUAUUGCCUGGGCUGUAAAGGAUUUCAUUUUUGUCUUUACACGCAUUGUGAAUGCUUGGGUCAUACUCAAAGGAUAUGUCUACAAUACACCGGAAGGAUUAAAUAAAAUCAAGGACGAGUUGCCACGUGGCUUUAUGACAACCUUUGAUUGCUGGCAGUUGGGCACUCUAUCGCUGGUUGAAAUGAUCAUCAAAUCAUUCGUCAAUCUCGAUGAUUUACUGCAGAAACAAAAGAAUUGCUUUGGCAACACCAUGGCCAGCAACAACACAUUGAAAACCCAUAAUAAUGAUAGCAGUGAGUGUAAUGUUGGCGUUGGAUCUGUAGGACCAUUAACAUCGAUGAAUUAUGGCCAGGGGCCGAGUGCUUUUAGUACACCUCAAAAUACUAAUGUCACAGAGAAAUUCACUGAUACUUGUGAUUUGACAUCAGUCGAGCCGAAAUGCACUUUAAAUCUCAAUUAUCUGUAUACCAUGGUCGAGGAUUCUGAAGAAACUCAACGUAAUGUAGAUGCCAAUGGAACAUAUUUACGAACUGGCACAUAUCAACCGCUACAGAAGGACCAGAAAAAGGAUGCAAGCAACAUAGAUUACCUUGCUGAAACUAGUCAAUGGAAGUCGGCAACCAUUCCACCACAGCCAGGUAAUCCUCGAGUUAAUCAACUACGAAAACAGUCUACAUCAUCAUCUGAACUGGAUAGUCCAUUGAAACCGUUUCUCAAUCCAUUGAGUCAAGUUGAUCAAGAAGUGGUUCGUACUUUGUACGAUUUUAGCGAUCGCGUGAUGGAACUACAAUUUAUUGAUCGCUUUUUUCAAAAGCAAUUUACCAGCAAUUAUUUUCCGGAAUUCUAUCAGCAAUGCCAGCAUGAUUUUAUCGAUGUGCGUGACAUUGUCCUAAAAUGUGAGAGUGUCUCCUAUCAACAUGUCUACCAGGCCGUACAUGAUAUGCGUCGUAUAUCCUUUGUGGGUCGUUGCUUUCUCCAGUUUUAUACGGACGAUGAUCUCAAACACUAUCUAUAUCUCUAUGAGCAAUCUAUAGAUACCAUGCUAACCGAGCCGCCAAAUUUGCCUAAUCAAUAUGAUCAUAUUAUUGGAAAACCGGGAGAGAAACUAUUCAUCUAUAACAUUUAAUAUUUUAAAAAACUAUCUAUGACUUUAAGAGAACUAUGUCGUUGCCAUGCUAGCAGCCCAGCCGCAAACAUUUGAUCUAUCAAUUUGAUCAUAUACUUACACAUAUGUCAUUGGGAAACCGCAAGUGGAACAAUUCUAUAAUCUAUAAUACUUUUUACUUCUCAGAAAGUAUCUUUAACUCUAUGAACAAGCUACCAAAGAUGCCUAAUCAUUUUCACCAUAUUCCCCAGCGAGAGAGAGAGAGAGAGGAACAGGGAGGGAGAAAAGAAAAAGAGGAAAAUAACUUAUCCAUAAUUUAAUUACCAUAACUAUUUUUAAGUUUACACUAAAUGAAUUGACAAAUCUAUUUUGCAUUUAUAAAUAAGAAAAGAUUUGUAACCUUUUUAAAAAGAAUGGACAAUUCCAUUUGCCAUUUAAAAAUGGGCAUAGAAUUGUGACCUUUUUAAAAAGGAAAGGGAAAAAAGACUAAUAUUGAUAAAUAGAAAAAACAUGUUAAAAUAAUGAUUGAAAUUCAAAGCUGCCAAAAAUAAUACAGAAUAAGUCUGAUUUUCAUGGAAUGAAAUUAUAAAAAAAUCAAUAGAAUUAGUACUAAACUAAUAGAAUAACAAAUUAUUGCUGUGUUUCAUAAAAUGUUGUAAGUCAUUAA